GAUAAAGAUCGUUGUUGACCUUAAAAAUUACGACACCACUAGUAGCGGCGCAAUGAUCCGUGAAAAUAUCAAUGCACUACUUACUUAUGUGAAUAGAUACGAUAACUUCGGUAGAAAAACGGAGAAUCACUCAUUCUAGAGUACCGCUUGACAUUCUGCGUAAAAUCUUUGUACUGCCAGGUAUUCAAUAGGAAAACCCAAGUGUUUUGUCUGUACGCAGAGCUACGUGAUUAUUACCACUGAUGUCCCUUCGUAGAGAUUCCUUGUACAGUCGUAAAUUUAAAACAACUGUCCACGUGGAACACAAAUCCUUUUUAGGGGUACUUGAAAAAAUCGUGGACGAUCGUUUAUGAAUCUAUAUUGUUUUUAAACUUAAUACGACAAGAAUAUAGCAAUGAACACAUCAUACAAAUUUUAAGUAUUAUGCCCUUGGUGAUAGAGGCACCCACACCCAAACGGGUGCGAUAAACGCCGGAUGCAGUCCGAAAUCAGCCUCGUCGAACAUGUGACUUUAGAUACGCCUUGAACAAGAUUUAAAGUGAUUUUAAGUAGUCGUGAAGUAGAUUCUUUGUUUAACCAAGUUCGUCCUUUUAUUGCCUCCCCCGUUCGUGGCUGUAGUUAUUCCCAAAAAAUGCACCUCUUUUUUUAGCGGGUAAAUCUAUAGGAAGUUAUCAUAAACCAAAGCCUUUAUUAUUGUUGAGUAUCGAUUACAAUAUUGAAGCAGCUCUUUAUUAUUUGUCGGCUUAGGCUUUUGACGUCUUUUAGCCCAUUAUGCGCACUAGAAUACGCCCCUAAUCUGUGGGUUUCACAAUAAAUGCGGUAGAUUCAUGGAUACAAUGUGAAGCAAAAAGAAAUGUUUGUAUGUUGUUUGUCAGCUGUAAUAGAAUGCAUUCAUCGACUUGUUAAUUUGUUUAAAAUUCAAGUUACGUACGUUUGUUACAGUUCCCAUACUACAUCAAGCUUUUUGCCCUUGGUUAGCUUCAGUUUAGUAAGCGAAGAUUAUUAUAUACUAAGAUAUUGCUUGCGGUAAUUUCUAUGAGACGUGUCUUAUUCUAUAAAACGGAUUGAAUUGUCCAGACGAGUCGAAGCGGAAAAUGUUUUCAAUGUUUGUUGAAAAAAUAUUAACAUAUAGGAUAUCUGCCGCCAUCAGUCUUCUCUGCGACAAUCUAAUAGUAAUAAUAUGGAGUUCCGUGCUACACGUGAGGUGUAUUCGUGUCACUGGCUCAAGCUGGUGUAAUUUCGAAACAUGUUAUUUGCCUCCGAAGCCGGUUUUGUUGUAUUCUUUAUUUUUGCGUUGAUCCGUGUCCGAAAUGAAGUAAUUUUCCCUAUGUGCGUGCUGAACAUGACACAACAUAGUGUUAUUCUUGCAGCUAAAGGGAGAGUCGCCAAUUGAUUUGAUCGAUGCCCCAAGAUCAUCGUAGAGUUAAACACCGACAUAAGCUGCCGGCUAUAAUUAAUAUACGUUUUUCUUUUUUAUUUUACUAGAAAACAUCGAGCGGCUUCAUGCAAGACUCAUCAUCUCUAAGCUCGGGGGUGUAGUGUUGAUAAAUGAAGCCCAGAAAUAACCAAAUAAACAUUUAGUAUUUUUUAAAUAUACAAAAUCUUGGUAAAUAUAUCAUGCUGAUUGGAAAAUUCAAGAAUUCAGCAGGUGACAGUGACAACUGGCUAGAUAAAUGGCACAGUUGUACUCACUGCAUAGAUAGGUACAUAGCGUUUAUCAUGGUAGAAUUCAAGUGCCUUCACUGCCUAUGCAUUUGCGAAAUGGAAAAGAUUUGACUUAUUGUUAUAGAACGAAGCUAAUCAAUGGUCUUUUGUUUAUAACUAGUUCUUUACAUCUGUGAUUCUGUGAAAUUCAGAGAGAGAUCAUGAAUGCUUACAAGACAGUUAUAUGGUCUACACGUGCUAUUUAAUUGGCAUUUCAAUUGGGUUAGUUCAGUUGUUAGGCCAUCUCGCUAUAUAUCAAUGGUCGACAGGAGCGAACCUCGAAACGACUGUCGCCUAACAUUAGCACAUGUAGAUGUAUCUAACUCAAUUCAAACUAGCCUGAAUCAGUCUACGAUAUGCUUAUUAUCGAGUUUUCAAUACACGCUACAUAGGUAAGUAAUGAUUUGGGUCCACAUAAGUGUUCUCUUAGGGUUAGUGAAUCAGAUUAAACAAACGACCAACUCUGUAAUAACGUUUGACAUAAAAGCUCCUACCUGGAUAUGUGUAUAUAUUUUAUUAGCUUCUUUGUCUCCACGUCUACGAAUGGAACCGGAUGUUGUCAAAUGCCCAUUCACAGAGAAACGAAGAUGACUAAGCGGCUUUACAAUACAAUUUAGCUUGUUUCAAGUUAAGCUAGGGCACCGCAUUGUCGUUGGAUGGCCUCACGUUGUACCUGUUAUUGUUCUAAAGACAAAUGUUCAGUUUCCGGACUAAGCAAUAUGUAAAAUAAUACAAGCGCGAUCCUGGAUGAAAAUAAACUGUAAAUAAUUAUUCAACACCUUGCGCGGUUAUAUGGGCCAGGAUAUAGAUGUCUUCCGUGGAUACAUUCUCAAAGAUUAAUUCAUUUCACGUAGUUUCGAGUCUGUGCGGGCCGUCUUGACAAAUACGCUGAUAUAGAAGCUGAUCUGUAUAGGCUAAAUUUGCUUAACGUUAUCGUUGGAAGCAAUUCGUAUCACAAAAAAGAAUUACGUGUUCAAAUGAUGCCACUCCAUUCGUCAAAGAAUGAUUUGUUUUAUAGACAAAAUGAAUUUACUACAACCCAUUGGUGUUUUGGAAGAAGGGCCAAUUAGAAGUAGCAAUAUCGAUAGCCCUAAUAUGACUUCAAGGUGGGAGUAUAUGGGCAACUAAUGGUAUCGUGCGAAUAAGUAAAUCUGAUGGGAAAAUGCUGUUCUUCUUAGACUAAGCUCAGAGGAUGAAUGAUUAGAGAAGCCAAUAACCAUUUACUAGCAAGUAGAACAGUUUAAACGUUAUGGUUCGUCUGCCAUAGGUCCACAUAAAGGUUUGUUGGGCAUCGUCAAGUCGGAUUUUAAAAGGUGCUCAAGUUACUAGUACAUCAAUGAGUUCAAUUUUGUGCAUGAAGAAAGGAGAAAAAGUAGCAAUGUGUACACCAUUCUCCAAAGACGACUGCACAGGAGCCCUUAUAACUAUCGUGGAUGGGUGGAGAGCACGGCGACGGUAAUCACACGACAAAGAGCUCUUUUUUACUAGGCGGUUUGACAUGUGAUACAUGCGUUAGAAUUAUUGAGAAUCGGCUACUCGACCUCCAUGGAGUCAAAAAUGUCCAAAUAUGCCUCGAGACUCAAUUGGCGUCGGUGGAGUAUGAUUUCUACAAGCUGUCCAUGUCCGAGAUUGUACGUACCGUAUGCAAUCUUGGGUUCAGUGCUAAGCCGGUGAUGAACCCAACGGGGGCCGGAAUCCGAGAUGUAACAUUACUCAUUGGAGGGAUGAUGUGCAACGAUUGUGUUCGAAAAGUAAACGAAAAAUUACGCGCCAUCAAUGGAGUUUACAAGGUGGAGGUUUCAUUGACGGAGAAUCAGGCAUCGGUCUCGUACGAGGUGACUCUUGCAUCUGUUGAGCAGCUUCUUGUGGCCGUUGGGGAGUUGGGUUUUGUUGUUAAUUUACCUGACAACGUCCCCCUUUCGCAGGUCACCUACCAUCUCAAAGACCUCUCCUGUGAAAUAUGUGCUACGUCGAUUGAGCGGGUACUCGUCGAUAAGGAAGGUGUGCACCACGUAGAAGUGUCCCUCAGUGAGAAAAGCUGUUCGGUAUCGUUCUUCGACUAUAAACUGAAGCCGUUGCAAAUUCAAGAGUAUAUUGAGGCAACGGGUUAUAGCUGCGAAUUAAUCACUCUGGAAAUCCCACCCCAGCUUAAGUCAGCUCUUUUCCGUGUCAUCGGAAUGUCAUCUCAGUCGUGCGUAGGUCACAUUGAGGAACAACUGGCCUAUCACAAGGGUGUAGUGGGCAUAAAGGUAUCACUUGAGCUGAACACCGCCGCCGUUGUUUUUCUGUCACAAGAGACAGAAGCCGAAGAUAUUCGUGAAGCUGUCGAACACCUGGGAUACAACUGUUCUCUAAUUGAAGAUCUUGGCGAAAAAAACGACGAUCUUGCUAGCGAAACUGAAAAAGUAACGCCAGAUAAUAAUGAAACAAGCCCUCUAUUAAAAGCCAAGAACGAUACUCGCUCAUAUUCAUCUCAACGGAGCCUCGAACUGGCUCUCCAGAAAUCGAUAGAGCAUUUAAGCAAAUCGAGCCGCGCCUCAUCGCGCCAUACUCUAGUCAAUGUCGAAGCAGCAAAUCUAGAAAAAGCCUUUUUUACCAUUAAAGGGAUGACGUGUUCUUCCUGUGUGUCCACCAUUGAGAACAACCUCAAAAAGAUUCGGGGUAUCCAUUUCGUCCUCGUGGCACUUUUGGCAGAAAAAGCCGAAGUCCGAUAUAAUCCUGAACUGAUUUCGCCAGAUGCAAUCGCAGGAGCCAUAGACUCAAUGGGUUUUGAAGCUGAAGUACUUGCCGAUACCCAGUGCCCUCCAGGACAACUUGUAGUUAUGAUCAAAGGAAUGACUUGUGCUUCGUGCGUGAACAGCAUAGAAAAAGCAGUAUUUCGUAUUCCUGGAGUGACUAGCGCAAAUGUAGUACUGAGCACCCAAAAGGGCACUUUUACGUUCGAUGGUGACGUUGCUGGCCCACGCGCUAUUGUAGAAGCCAUUGAGGGGGCCGGUUUUGAAGUCCACCUUCCGUCCAGCGCGGAUACCUCUAUAGCGGAUCGAUUAAGCCAUCGCUCCGAGAUUGAGAAAUGGCGGUCGGCCUUCCUUGUCUCGUUAUUAUUCGGGGUACCAACGAUGGCAAUCAUGAUUUUUUACAUGGUAAUAGCCCCUCAAAAUGGAGGUGGCCAUAAGCAAACGAUGAUUACUGAAGGUUUGUCUCUAGAGAACCUUCUCCUCUUUGCGUUGGCUACACCUGUUCAGUUUAUUGGAGGACGACAUUUCUGCUGUCCUGCGCUACGCUCGCUUCAACAUGGUGCGGCCAACAUGGAUGUUCUUAUCGUGUUGGCAACAACCAUUUCAUAUCUCUACUCAGUUACGGUUCUCGGAAUUGCGAUGGCGACAAGGCAGUCUAUGAGUCCUAUGACAUUUUUCGACACCGUGCCGAUGCUCAUCGUCUUCCUUUGCCUUGGAAGAUGGAUGGAGAGCGUAGCAAAGGGUGCCACUACGGAGGCGCUCACAAAACUCAUUGAAUUGGAACCCACUACAGCACUUCUGGUCAGUUCGGGGAACCAUGAAGAAAAAGAGAUUAACAAGCAACUGGUAGCACGUGGCGAUCUAAUCAAGGUGUUACCAGGUGCAAAGGUGCCGGUUGACGGUUGUGUCGUAUCCGGCCAUGGACAAGUGGAUGAGUCCCACAUCACAGGCGAAUCUUUACCAGUCGAUAAAAACCCUGAUGAUAUAGUUUUUUCAGGCUCAUUGAAUAUUAACGGAGUGCUUCUUAUCAGAGCAACUCACGUGGGACAGGACACGACCCUCGGACAAAUAGUCAAACUGGUCGAGCAAGCUCAAACGUCAAAAGCACCUAUUCAGCAGUUGGCAGAUAGGAUAGCAGGCUACUUCGUGCCAGCCGUUUUUUCGUUGAGUGUGAUAACUCUUGGCGUAUGGAUGUUCAUUGGUUUCACCAAGGUUGACAUUAUCCGUUCGUUCGUUGGAAAAUAUGAAGGAAGUGACUUAGAGGUGACCUUGCAGUUUGCCUUUCGCUGUGCUAUUACUGUGUUGAGUAUUGCGUGUCCAUGCGCACUUGGCCUAGCAACUCCAACUGCUGUAAUGGUCGGGACUGGUCUUGGAGCCAAAAACGGUAUUUUCAUUAAAGGUGCAGAGCCGCUCGAAUUGUUGUCACAGGUAAAAAUUAUUGCUUUUGACAAAACGGGUACCAUUACCGAGGGCAAAGCAUCAGUCACAAGCUUCACCAAUUUCUCUGCCGUGGUCCCAUCUGGCCCUUUAGUAGCCCUUAUUGGAGCCGCCGAAUCUAACUCCGAGCACCCGAUCGGAAAGGCGAUCUUUGCCUUUGCCGUAGAUCAACUUAGUGAAGAAGAAAAAGAGCUUCCGAGAUGUGAGAAUUUUGAAGCAACCCCAGGCUAUGGCCUGCAGUGUGAAAUCGUCUAUGAUUCGUACACAAUAUAUCCAAACGAAACCAAAGAUAUUAUUGUUAAGGAUGAUGGCUCUGUGCUAAGAAAUCCGUUAAAAACGGGACUGGGAAAAGUUAAUCGAGUAUUAGUUGGUAAUCGCAUGUGGAUGUUGAACCACGGAGUGAAGAUCAGUGGUUCGCAGGACAAGGCCCUCGAAACCUGCGAACUUGAAGGAGAAACUGCUGUUGUUUGCGCGAUAAAUGGAGUAGCAUUAGCGGUUGUUUCAGUGUCCGAUCGAGUAAGGCCUGAAUCUAGGGCUGUAGUGACGCACCUUAAGGAAAAACUUUUUAAGGUAGUCCUAUUAACAGGAGAUAACAAACGUACAGCAAACGCAAUUGCAAAGAAAGUUGGUAUUCGCGACGUAAUUGCCCAAGUUUUACCUAGACACAAAGCAGAGAAGAUAAAAGAAUUAAGGCGUUCAGGAGUGAAAGUGGCGAUGGUUGGAGAUGGAAUCAAUGACAGCCCUGCCCUUAUAGCGGCCGAUGUUGGCAUUGCAUUGGGUAAUGCAACAGAGGUGGCUAUUGAUGCUGCACAGGUCGUGCUUAUCCGGAACGACUUGCGAGACCUUAUAUCCGCAAUAGACCUGUCGCGGAAGACGGUCCAUCGAAUUCGGAUUAACUUUGUGCUUGCAUCAGUCUACAACAUAGUAAGCAUCCCCCUCGCAGCAGGAAUGCUUUUGCCACUUGGCUUGGUAUUGUUACCGUGGGUAGGUGCAGGUGCAAUGGCGGCUUCGUCCCUUAGUGUCCUUUUGUCAUCGCUUACUCUCCGGAGUGCCGUUCUCGAAAGACCUCGUGAGCCAGUCACGAAACACGCAUAAACUGGUAAACAUUUAAAUUUCAAUAGCGUUAUUCAACUUGCGGGCGUCCAAAACAAUUCCCCAUUUUCUAACUUCGUUGUAUUUUAUAGUCAAUUUAAAAGAACUAAAUAGAGAUGUAAGGGUAAAGAUUUACUGUCGCAAAGUUUACAAGUUUCGCUGUAUAAAUGCAACUACCUUUCUACAAGUUACUAUGUAAGUAAAAAAUAAAAACUAACAUUGCCAUUUUACA